AUGGAUCAUCGCUCCAUCUCUUCGCCUCUGAGCGACGGGCUCUCAACCGCACCAUCGACACCAACUGACAUGAGUCCCAGACCGCUCAACGGACACAACAAACCUUUUGACGACAACGAACCAGAAAGCGAGCUUAGCGAGCCCGAUAGCAACGUUCAUUCACCAUCAGGGGUGGGUCUGAAUGAUCAAGCCGGCUCUAUUGUCGUUCAUGCCAGUACUAACGGUGACCUAAAGUCUUCUCCUCCUCGCGUUACUUCUGAAAACGACGACGAGGCUAUGACAGAUGCCCAAAAUGAAGCCGCAGUUUCUCACUACCCUAAGCGCAAGCGAAACUCGGUCUUUACCGACCUCAGUGAGAGCAAGAUGGAAAUCUCCAAUGACGGUACAAAAAGUCCUCCCCUCAUACCAGGUCUCAAGAGCAAACCAUCGCGACAGAGUCUGGGAACCGUCCGGGGUGUCUUGUUGGGUCACUGGAGAGACUCGCCGAUCCCUGAUCCCGAAGGUCGCCAUGCACCUUAUACCGUCGCCAACGAGCCAAUCAGCAACGAGUAUCCCAUGCCUCCGGGGCCUGGUGGCAGCUGGGUUACUUUCGAACGCGUCGUCUUUUCCAAGCACUUGGUUGGCCUUGAUCAUUUUCAAGUCAAAGAGUAUGUGAGGCUGCGAACUGACAUUCAGGAAGAGAAGGAGGAGGAACGCAAGACUGCGGAGAGAGCAGCAGUCAAGGAGGCCGUCCGCAGAGUCAAGGAGAACCCUGCCUUUGAUAAUCCAGCUACUCAGCCCGCCAUAGCCCACGGUCCCGAAUUGCCCGAGUCGGCCUUUAGCCCCGGCCGCCCGGAUGCCAAGAGAAGACGCGUGAGCGGUGGCUUUGCCGCCAUCAACCCCGGCGGUAGCAAUAGCCCACCGGAGCGUUCGCCUUUGCUGCCAUCCCAACCUGCUCUGCAGCCUCGUCCACCCCAUGUUCCGAAGCUGCACGGACCGCUUCCAGGCACUCGGCCCACGCGCAUCUUGCUGGGUUAUUGGAAGGGCUCCAGCGAGGAAGACCCCAGAGAUCGCCACGCGGUGUACGGCAUCCUAGGACAGAAUGACAUGUUCAGAGUAAAAGUAGUCCGCGAAACACGUGAUGGCCGAUUUGUCGAUGGCAAUUUUCCCUCAGGUGCUGGCGCCCUCUGGAUUCAAUAUGAGGAAGUGGAGUUUGAGCCGCACCUGAAGCCGCUUCAGAGAUCGGAGAUUAAAGAGUAUUGUCGAGUCCGCCAGUAUCAGCUCGAUCAAGGCGAAGUACCCGAAGACCGCAUCGGCAACGAGAUUAGGGCCGUACACGAAGCUCAGGCUCGUGCGGGCUCCGGCUACAGACACAUUCACCAGCCCAUUGCUCCGUACCACCCUAUCGCUGCUGACGACUCGGAGUUGGCAAAUGGCCGGUCAGACGUUGGUGGAGCUCAGCAUGAACUCCGGCAGUCGCGCCGCGGGGAAUCCAGGGCUGCUCCUCGACAGUCUUUCAACGAAAACGACCUGCGUCAACCACGGGCUUAUGCCGAACAGGAGCCUCAGCGUCCAGACUCGCGAGCCACGAACCGCGGAAUGAACUCGGACGGGAUGGAGCGAACCAACGCCCUUGCUCGCAGGGAGAUUGCGCGAGUCGAAGCUGCCCAGGGCCGCGCCGACCGCCAUGCCAUGCACCGAGAACGAGCCGCCGCUCUCGUCGCUGACGCUGCGGCUGCGGCUGCUGCCGCUGUUGUUGCCACGGUUCCGUCCCAGGCCGCCGCCACCACCAACGGCAGAGCUCCUCGCUUCCAUGAGUCGGAAGAUAUGCAGCGCCUGAAUAAGGUCUGGGCCCGCCAGGAGACUCUGCGCCUCAAGGCUGGCGCCGAAGACGCCAAGGUCUAUGACGGCGUCAAGUAUGAGCGCAAGACGAAUGGGCCGUUUAUGGGCAAACUCGUGUCGCAAGGAACCAUCAUCAACAUUGAUGGGGAAGAUUAUGUUGAAUAUCGCGUUCUUACAAAGCCAUCCUUCUUUUAA